CAGCCGCUCGGAAAAGUCCGUAACAAUUACCACGCCGCCCGCAGAGCCGCUGCUGGGCGACUCGGCCGUUCGCGGUGAGCAGGUCCAGGUAGGGCUGAACACAGCGCCGCUGCACCGUCACCCAAAAAGCAGUCCCGCAUCCAAACCGAAUCACACAUUAGGAAUCACCUCACACUUUCUGUACAUUUCGCCUCUACCUUUUGCGGAGCACGGUUGCUUUAUGAUCUCUGCUAGUCCGAUUUAUAAGGGAUUUAGAGUACAGGAGAUUUAUCAGUCACUACUCAAAAUGAGCUGGAAUGAUAAUUGUGUUUAUCAGCCCGGGCUGGGACGGGCCAUCUGGUAUUUGAGGGCAAAAGCCAGAAAGGGCCAGUCCACUUUUGGCGAGGCCUACGCCAUCACUUUCAGGAAAUCCACUGCAGAUGAAAUAUCUGCAACAGGAUAAGGAUGCAGCAGGUUGCUUCUGUGGUCAUCGCCACUUUGUUUUGUCGGAAGCAAACGCUGUAUUUCACUGCAGGGAGGGGUUCAACUCAUGAGGUCUAGUGCAAGGUGGGGAGAUUGCUUCAGCGCCCCCCGCCCAAAAAUGGACCAGACCAAGCAAAAAAAAACGGCAGCUUAGCUGUUUUGACUGUCAGUCAAAAUUCAAACUCUUCCCUCAGAAACCAUGCUGACUUUGUCAGUGACAGAGAAAUGGAUUAUAUGAUAACACAGAAAUAUAAGGUAGGAGAUUGAUCGUCAAAUUGUCUUGUUCGUUAAAUAUUAACGUCUCGUAGGCUACACCAUCAGGAUGUGUUUGUCUGGGCAUCGGUGCAGUCUGCCGCCCGAUCAUGUUUCCUGGAGUCGGAUAAAAGGCAGAGCGAAUAGCACUCGAGGGGUACAAGAGAUCUCGCUUCCAAAACAGGCGAUGAGUCAUAGCCAAUUUGUUGCGUUUUGUGUGGUAUUUUUGAAAACACAUUUCAUCGUGUGACCCUUAAAGAAAGAAAAAAAUUAGACAAUUCUUAAGAUAACGGUUUGAGGGCUGUCAUGACAAACAGCAUUUCUUCAAAUAAGUCUGUUGAUAUAAAUUAGGAUAUCAUUAAGUCGCCGUAUUUGCUUCGUUCAACAGUUGUGAAAAAUGACUGAGAAUUGAAGCAGAUAAUGAAUUUAAAUAAAUAAAUAGUAAAAAAAAUAAAAUACAAAUGUUCCGUCUUGUGUGUCUUGAAGCGUGAAGUGUUUACAGCCAGGGAGCCUGUUUUUAAUGAGAUGUAAAGUAGCCGAGCCCUGUUUGUGACUGUCUCAUGACUGAAUAAGGCUUUAAAGUGGGGCUGUAUGAGGUACUUAUCCAUAGUCGGUGUAUUACCGACAGUAGAAGGUGAUAAAUGGGGAAACUGAGGCCAUUAUCUAUGAUCUCUUCAAAGCCACCAGACUCCAUUGUCAAAACAGUAAUUUUACCUCGCAGUACACAGAGGUUGCUGGUCUACUGCUGCCUCGAGUUAGACCAGCAACUCCUUCGUUCUGUGAUUCUUCUCAUGCAGUCUGGUGGCUUUUAAAGAGAGCAUAGGUGGAAACAACCGCUUCAGUUAACUAACUUUCCGUCACGUGAAAGAGUGAAAUGUGUGCCGUUACUCGUCCAGCGUGCUUUGAAAGCAGGAACUUCAACACUUCGUUGCUGCUGGCAAGAGUCAAAACGCAAUGUAAUGAAAGAAGAGAGUUUAGCACACAGACAGCCUCUGCUUACCCAAGACUGACGCGCUCUUUAUAGCCAAACAACUGUCUGGCACGGUGGCCCUCAUCAAGUGUUCGGCUUAAGCCGCUGAAGGGAAGAAAAGAAAAAAACACGCCCCGGUCCCUCCGACGUUCGGCAAUCGUGUACUGACCUACUUGGCGCUCACUUUCCGUCGUGGCGAGACUCGUUAGCAGUCGUUUGUGUCUAAUUUUAACACAUGACAGGAUUUGCCACAGAGCACAGUCGUCCUCGGUGUUUUUCGCUCUCCAUGUCUUAUUCAUGCCGUGGCCUGCAGUGGAGCUGCUGACAGGGCGGGGAGCGUUUGGCUUCAGUUUGAGUAAUCAGGGCCAGCGUACUCCGCUGAGAGAGCGGCUCAGCACAAAUCCCCGCGUGUGCACUCCGGUCCCUGCUAUGUGCUCCCGUAUGUGAAUAUUUAGGGUCGGCCUCGUCUCGCAGACGCUGCCGCUCAUUACUUCCGCUGCCGGGACUUAACCGGAGUCUUGGCUGACGGAGCGGUGCAUCGGGGGAUGUCCUCCUGAUUCCCGGCGCAAAAAAAAGUUUCUCACGGCCUUACCGCAGGAAAUCGUAAAAAGAAGAGGGGUGGUAGAUUUGUUCAGACCCUGCUGUUGAGCGGUGGUGUUUGUGUGUGUUCAUGUGUUCACUUGGCAGCAAGCAUUCACAACAUGCAGAGCACAGAAACCCAGUUUGUUUGAUCAAGUCUUUUUAAGGGGGUUACGGGCUUGACUAUUUAUUGGCUGCUAGCUGUCUCUAGUCUCGAUGUUAAGCUAAGCUAACCUGCUUCAUAUUUUGUGUACAUCAAUCUUCAAACAAACUAUUUCUUAGCUUAGGUGUAAACUGCCAAACACGCCUCAUGACGACCAGUUCUUCACACGCUUUGUUUAUUUAAAAUGGGAUUUCGACACGGCUCGUGAAUGAGGUUGAUCGUACACCUCUCAGACAGCUCGGUGGGUUCCAACAGGUCGCUCCAAUUCCAGGACGCGGGCCAAAGCCCCGGGCCGUACGUACGUGUGAAUGUGAAGAACACGCUUCAAGUGCUCGUUCAGCUGUGAAGUCUGAAGGUGGGAACGAGGUGGUUCUCGGCAAGUUGUAUUUUGCCGGCUAAGGACAAUGGAGGGGAGCGUCGCCUGGACCUCUGGAGGUGAACUGACACUCAAUAAUGUGAGCAAUUUGGGUCAAUCCGUCCUGCUGCUGUUGGCUGUAUGAAACUGGAUAUUGGAGUGGAUACUGAGAGGUUGAUGGGAGCAGCGGCGGUCGAUGCAGCGCGGCUUAGGAGUGUGAUGCCGGGCCGGCAUUGUACGAGGUGUCAAACAAGAGAAAUGCGAUAUGUUUAAACCACAAAGCAUUCUUUGAGAAUUAGCGCCUUCCCAUCCCAACAAGUGGAGAGAGAGAGAGAGAGGGAGUGAGAAAGAGAAGUGGAGCUGGGUUUAUUUUUAGAUGAGCAGUUUAGAGAGGGAACCGCUCCCCCCCCCCUGUUCUCCAGCUGCUGUCAGGUGCUCUCUGGUAAGGAAAUGCUGAGCGACAAUUUGGCUCAAAAUGCACCUAAACUGAUUUGCAUAGCUGGUAUGUGAUUGCUCAACCUUUUGUAGCUUACUUCCAGAUUUAAGACCUUUAACGGCUUACAACAUCGUCACACAAGAGUCCUGAUGUUCCUCCUUCUUGUAUCCAAAUUCUGUAAUCGUUCCUCUAGCGGUGCUUAAAAGUAGAGCGACGGUUCUUCUAAGUCACACCAUACCACUUCUCAACAAUACCAGAAAUUUAGUAUUUAAUACCAGUGAACUCCUCCUUACCCAAUUUACCACCACCUUAAAAAACAAAACACUUAGAGUUAUUGUUAGGAAGUUAAACGGGUCCUAAUUCCCUCUCAAUAACACAAUAACGUUAUAACUUGCCUUCACCUAAUCCUCAUUUUUACUGAAUAGAGCUUGAACGCAUCAUAUUGAAACCCAAUGCAACCUCCGUUAACGGUAGCUGUUAGCUCUAGUGUCGGUUCUGGUACAUAGCGAGUUUUGAUUGUUUUUAAUACGCUCCGUCGGGUUGCUGUGUUCCGCUUUUGAUGAGCAAGUUUUUGUCUUACCAUCCCACAUGCGCACACACACACGCACAUUAACACACACACACACACACACACACAUUAACACACACACAUUAACGCACACACACACACAUUCAGCCUCGCCUGUGGCAGCGCUGCGACGCCGCGGUGCUCACUGGGUCAGAAGCGAUGCACGGAGAGUGGCACUGAGGCAAGAGGCGAGCAGAGAAUGAGAGAGAGGAUGCCUUGAGGGAAAGACGGAUAAAAGGAGGGAGGAAGGAGGGAAAGAGAGGGAGGAGGAGGAGGAUGGGUGAAACCCUUGGAGUAUAGCGAUGGCACCUAAUUGGUGUUGUUUACUCUCCUCUCUGGACUGUUUAUUUACUGUACUCCUCCGCUCCACCUUCCUCUCCUGCUCCAUCCAUCCAUCCAUCCCAUACCCCCCCCCCCCCUCUUCUCUCCAUCUCUCCUGCUGUCAGGACAUCCCAUGUGAUCAUCUCAUAUCAACUCUCUUCCUCUCUCCUGCUCUGCGCGCUCCAUCACUCCUCUCCAUAGAGCCCCACACAUUAUGUGGCAGGCGAGCGCACAGUCCCACACGAUGCCUCCUGAGGCAUGAUGGGAGAGAUUUCUAUAUAAAGCAGAGUCGGGGAGGUCACACACACACACACACACGCACACACUCUGGGAUGUAUCGGGGGAAGGAAGCACAGAGGCGAUGUUCGAGCGAGCCGGACCGAGGUGAAGUUCAGUGAGGAUUUCGGGGAUGCAGUCGCCACCGGUGAUGGAGGCGGGAGACGAAGUGCUGCAGGUGCUCGAGGUCUGCGAGGCGAUAGAGGAGAUAAGGGAAGUGAUUGUCACCACCAUAGAAGAAGACUCUAUUACUAACUCUCCUCCAGUGGCCAGCUCUGGAGCGGGGACUAAACCGAGCCAGGAUGACAACUGGGGCGAGACCACCACGGCCGUCACGGGCACGUCGGAGCACAGCCUCUCCCAGGAGGACAUCGUCCGCAUCACCAAGGACCUGGAGGACAGCGUGGGCCUCGACUGCCGCCGCUACUUCACCCUGGCCCUGGCCGUGGUCCUGGGCCUGCUGGUGUUCCUGACGCCGAUCGCCUUCCUGGUGCUCCCCCACCUCCUCUGGCCGGAGAAGCUGCAGAGCUGCGGCACGGCGUGCGAGGGCCUCUUCAUCUCCGUGGCCUUCAAGCUGCUCAUACUGCUGCUGGCCGUCUGGGCGCUCUUCUUCAGGCAGCCACGGGCCGGCCUCCCGCGGGUCUUGGUGUUCAGGGCGCUGCUCGCCGUGCUGGUGCUGCUCUUCGUGGUCGCGUACUGGCUGUUCUACGGCGUCAGAAUACUCGACUCGCAGGAUGAGAACUACCAGGGCAUCGUGCAGUACGCCGUGUCGCUGGUGGACGCCCUGCUGUUCAUCCACUACCUGGCCAUCGUGCUGCUGGAGCUCCGGCAGCUCCAGCCGUGCUUCUCCGUGUGCGUCACGCGCUCCACCGACGGCGAGAUGAGGCACUACAACCUGGGACAGCUCAGCAUCCAGCGGGCGGCUCUGGCCAUCUUGGAGCGCUACUACUGCGACUUCCCGGUGCACAACCCGGCGCUGCUCUCCGCCUCCAAGUCCCGCGCCGCCAAGCACCUGGCCGGCCUCAAGGUCUACAACGUGGAUGGUGAGUUCCCAGCAGCCCCCGCUGAGGGUCCGGGGAACAACGCGGCAGCAGCAGCGGCAGCAGGAAUGGCCCACUCCCAGUCCAGAGCCAUGAUCGCGGCCGCCGCCCGCCGCAGGGACACCAGCCACAACGAGCUGUACUACGAGGAGGCGGAGCACGAGAGGCGCGUUCGCAAGCGCAAAGCACGACUGGUGGUGGCGGUGGAGGAGGCGUUCACGCACAUCAAGCGCAUGCAGGAGGAGGAGCAGAAGAAGGCCCCGGGGGACGUGAUGGACCCCCGCGAGGCGGCGCAGGCCAUCUUCCCGUCCAUGGCGCGCGCCCUGCAGAAGUACCUGAGGACCACCAAGCAGCAGCACUGCCACAGCAUGGAGAGCAUCCAGCAGCACCUGGCCUUCUGCAUCACCAACAACAUGACGCCCAAGGCGUUCCUGGAGUGCUACCUGACCCCAGGUCCCACCCUGCAGUACAGCCGGGACCACUGGCUGGCCCGCCGGUGGACGCUGAUCAGCGAGGCGUCGGUCACCAGCGGCCUGAAAGACGGCUCCACCUUCCUGCUCCGGUGCGGGGACUUCAGCCUGGUGGUGACGACCAAGAGGAUCCCUUACAUCCAGAUGUCGGAGGAAUACAUCGACCCCAAGUCGCACAAGUUCGUGCUGCGGCUACAGUCGGAAACCUCCGUGUAGGACCCCGAACUGUUUUUUAAUUCUCUCACUCUGUUUUGUGGCUCUCAAAUGUUUUCACUUUGGGUUUGCAGUUUUUUAUUUUUUUUAUAUAUAUAUAUAUUAUAUGAAUCUUAAUAUUACACUCAUGUUUGAAUAUAUUGAUCUUUUUUUAUGUUUUGAUUUGGAUGAAAUGGAAAGAAAGAGGCAGGAAUGAUGCACAAUCACUCGUUCCUUUUUUCUGUUUGAGCCAAACAAGACGGGAGCGUUUAAGGUUUCUGAAAUCCACACAGAGACUCCGCUGUUCCGGUCGCUCCUUUAUUUCCACGAGACGGACGGACGGACAAACCACUAAUGACCGCGAUGGUGUGACUUGGAUUUAGGUUGUUUUUAAGCCCAACGGAAACACGUGACAGAUAUCCUCGUCUGCAACAUUUGAAAGUAUUGCAUUUGACAAAAAAAACAACAUCAAUCAGACUUUGCAUUAAAUGCACAUCUAUGUAUGUUUUAUAAAUGAAAAUAAUUCACCUUGAAAGGACGGAACAUGUGAUCUCAGACUGUUUUAUCUCCUCAUCACUGCUUCUACAUCUGUCGCGCUCCGGACAAACACUUCCCUCGACUCUCGUCCCGAUUCUUCUGCAGGUGCAAUGGAGCAAAAUCAGAGAUACGUUUCCACUCCAGUUGGGAAGAAACACAGACACGCGGCACGUUUUAACACCGGGGCAAAGCCCGAAAAACAUUUGCCCCGCCUCGUCGGUUCAGUAACCUCCUCGGGGCUUUCACGUUUGCCCGACACGGCGGAAAAGGAGGCAGCGAGGAGGACAGACGGGGCCACGAUGUCGCGGAUAAAAAAAAGUACUACUGAUUACUCCAAAGGAGAAUUCCCCCCUAUGUGGGUUAUUACACAGCAGAGAAAUCGAAAUAUAGUAAAUUCUCUUAUAGGAGCUGGUUUUCAAGUAAGCUAAUGAAGCCCAGGUGAUAAAAACAUUGACGGGCUGGAAUUACCUGAACUCUACUGCAACAGCUGGUAAAUCUAGUGUGAGGUUUAUUGACACAGUCAGUACAGCAGAGUGGUGUCAAACUCACCACUCUGCUGUUAGAGUUUCUGUUGUUCUAGCUGCUCUCCAGCUGUUUCUGCUUUGUUGUUCUCCUGAACUACCAGCAACAAACAACACUUCCUCUUUUUAUUUUCACAUUAAAAGCUUUCCCACAAGGGGAAGAAAAAUUCGGUGGUGAUCCGUUUUCUAAGUCUGAUCUAAGUUGUUUUUUCCCAGAGUUUAUGACUUAAGAACUGGGGAAACAAAGGUUUUGCUAGAAUAUUUUUUCUUUUGAGGUUCCUGAUGAAAAGAAUAAUCUGUAACACGAGUUGGGAAAAAAGUGUUGUGAAAGCAUUCAUGUUUUCUCCUCGGUCAGUUCAUUUAAGGUUCAUGUAUUGUGUGUUAGCGAGUUAUGUAAAUUAAAACUCACCUGAAAGAAAACAUGAAUGCCUUUCAGUCAGAACAUUGGGUAGUGAUGCACUUCAGCCUCUUGUGGCCAAAAUGAGUAUUACAGCAACAAACACAAAACAAAUGUGUAACAGGUGAACAAAGUAACUUAAAAAAAAUGAUCAAAAAAUGAUCAUCCAAAACGUUAUUUUCCCCCGCCUGUUUCACAGAUGAAAAAUAACAAAGAGAAAAUAAUUUAGAAAGUGGAUCACCAGAAUGUUUGUUCCCCUCUCAGGGCUUCUGUAGGCAGCCGUGUAGAGAGACAGGAAGCUUCUGACAUGUAACAAAAGGUCCUCAGUUGAGAAUCAAACCAUGUAUGUUGCAGUUAUGUGGUAAACGCUAGACAACCCAGGCCGCAAGACUUUAAAUGGGAAAAUUGGUGCUGUGGAAAUGGACUGAUUGUAUCAACACAAUAAAGGCCACAGUUUAUUUACGGCAUCAAACAUGAUUUAAUCUCUCAGCGUUUUGCCUGAGAGAGUAUCAAUAGUGAGAGCUGCAGUGGGGCGGAAACUCCCUCCCAACAGGACCGUCUGGUUUUCCUUCACUACCUUGUCUCACCUCUGUUCUCUGACAAACACGCUCGCAGUGAAUCCCUCGAGGUCAGAGAGGAGUUAUUUUCUUUCACCCGAUGCAUCAGCCAGAAGAAUCCAGCUAAUGGCAGAUCCACCAAAGUGUGACUCACUCAAGAAGGAAAAUGUGUCAGUGAUAUUAUCUUCAGUGGCUCCGAGCAUGGCUGCCCCCUACUGCCCCCUGGCGGCUGAACUAAAACUAUCCGUUUUGUCUGCCUGAGGGGAACAGCAACAUGUUUCCAUAAAGAAAUAUAAAACACAAAGAUGCUGUUCAUGUAAGAAAAAACAUUUGUUCACUGUCAAAGCACCUGGGAAGAACGCAAAAACAAAAAAAACGACUUCUUUAUUUGACGCUCUGGUCACAUUUUGUACCUACUGACAGAUGAACUUUGUAUGAUCCAAAUGUGACUGCUGCCUGUUUUUACACUGUAACUAUUUAUGUAAACAAGCAUGUGUGUGUGUGUGUGUGUGUAUGCCAUUCCAGUUCACACGACCAGCCCCCCCCCCUCUACAUCACCGCCGUCUGCCACGCUGUUGCCGGGUUAAAAAUCCUCUGUUUUUGUCGGGACAGCUCUGUGAUGAUGACGUGACAUUGCAAUGCAAGACGUGUUUCACUUUCACAGGUAUUAGCAUUUGUAUAAAAAUAAAAAAAACAUUUUUAUGAACA